UUUUCUCAUCUGAAAGAGAAGAGUUGGGAGAGCCCGGCUUGAACUGAACUCGACUCCUGCAGGCUGAAUGCUCUCAGCCUAACAGGACGGAUCGUCGAGAAAACAGCGCGUUAGAAACACGCAGUCGAUCCAGAAACAGACGACAGAGAGAAAAUGUGAAGAUCUGUAGUUGACACAGUGUUGGAGUAGUCAACAGAAACCGGGAAAGAUGGCGAGGACACAGACUCGCAUGCUUCUCGCCUUGGCUUUGCUGGGAAUUUUCUUCCUCGGUGUCUCGGUGAAAGGAGAGCUGCAGGGAGAGCAACAGGAGGAGGAGGAGGAGGAAAGGUCCUGUCAGGGUGCCUUCGACCUCUACUUUGUCCUGGACAAAUCUGGAAGUGUGAAGAAUCACUGGAUCGAGAUUUACUCCUUUGUGGAGCAGCUGGCAGAGAAGUUUAUCAGCCCCAUGCUGAGAAUGUCCUUCAUUGUCUUCUCCACACGAGGAAACAUCAUCAUGAAACUGACAGAGAACAGGGAGGCCAUCACUGGAGGUUUAACAGCUCUGAGAAGAGUUAUCCCCGGAGGAGACACAUUUAUGAAUUUAGGCCUGGAGAUGGCUAAUGCACAGAUUCAUCAAGAGAGGCAUGGGACAGCCAGUGUUAUCAUCGCUCUGACGGAUGGAGAACUUAAUGAGUGGCAGUUUGACACAGCUCAGCGAGAGGCAAAGAAGGCAAGGUCCAUGGGAGCCAUUGUUUACUGUGUAGGGGUCAAAGAAUUCAAUCAGACCCAGCUUGCAACUAUUGCAGACACUGUGGAGCAUGUGUUUCCUGUAUGGGGAGGCUUCCAAGCCUUGAGGGGAAUUAUUGACUCGAUCAUCAAGAAGUCCUGCAUUGAGAUUCUAGCGGCGGAGCCAUCCAGUGUGUGUGCAGGAGAGAAUUUCCAGGUGGUGGUGAGAGGCAAUGGGUUUCUGCAUGCCAGAAAUAUUGACCAGGUCCUCUGCAGCUUCAAACUGAAUGAUACAUUCACUGUGGAUGAGAAACCAGCUGGGAUAGAAGACACCUUCCUGCUCUGUCCCGCUCCUGUCAUAGAGGAGGUUGGGAGGGUGAUCUAUCUGCAGGUGAGCAUGAAUGAAGGCAUCUCCUACAUCACCAGCUCUGUUCACAUCACCACUACUGAAUGUUUCGACGGCACCAUCGUUUUGAUAUCGUUGCUGGUGGUGUUCCUGCUGUUGGCUCUGCUGCUGAUGUGGUGGUUCUGGCCUCUCUGCUGCACUGUGGUGAUCAAAGAACCUCCACCACCUCCUCCUCCAGAGCCAGAAUCAGAUGAUGAGGAUGGGAUGCCCAAAAAGAGGUGGCCCACUGUGGAUGCAUCCUACUACGGAGGAAGAGGAGUGGGGGGCAUCAAACGCAUGGAGGUGCGAUGGGGGGAGAAGGGGUCCACUGAGGAAGGUGCGAAGCUGGACAAACCUAAAAAUGCAGUUGUAAAGAUGCCAGAGCAAGAAUUUGAACCGUAUGAACCCAAGCCUCGGAAACCACCACGUCGCCCACCACAGCAGAGGAGGUGGUACACACCUAUCAAGGGGAAGCUAGACGCUCUGUGGGCCCUGUUCAGGAGAGGUUAUGACCAGGUAUCCCUGAUGAGGCCGCAGCCUGGAGAGGAGGGUCGCUGUAUUAGUUUCCAACGAGUCAAAGACGGGGAAUCCACCCCGAACAACCAGGCUCCUCCUCACAAACAUCACUCAUCCUUGCCACCACCUCCUGCUUCACCUCCGCCUGCCGAACAGCAACCUCUGGUCUCCAACUCUGUCCCACGUACAAAGCCUCCAUCAAGAGGGCCUCGCACCACACCGCCCUCCCGCGCACCCCCUCCUGUGAUCCAACCCCCUCCAGGUCCACCCCCAUCUCGUGCACCCCCUGGGCCCCCAGGACCCCCACCGUCUCGACCCCCACCCAGGCUCUGAUCACGAAGAGAAGGCCUCCAAUCAACAACUGAUACAUUCACUCAUUCCACAAAUCACCCCACGUCCUCCUUUUACUCCAAAGACAGCAGAGGCGUAAAAUCUUAGAAGCCAGGAGCUCUGACUGAGCUCUGUGCUUUGUUGCUGGACAGCAAAAAAUAUUUAUCUGAUAUCAAAAUCAGCUAGUUUCAAAGUUAACAUUUUUUAUAGAAACAACGAGCACGUAGUUACUUGGUUAAGCCUGUAUGUACAGCAUUAGAUGUCGUGUUGACUUGAGCGGUUAGAGGAAGUGCAAUUCUUUCUGGAAAUUAAAAAGGAUUUAUGUGAUGUUAUGAGGUAGUUUGUGACAGUUUGCGUAUGAAUGACGAUGGUGAAUAGUUUACUUUGGAUUGGUAGAGAAUGUCCAGGAUGUGGUGAAAAAAGAUGAUAGCGAUGUGUUAUGUUGGCUUUUUUAAUGUACACUAUCUUAGGUUUCUAUAAAUCAGACUGACUCCUCAUUUUUACCUUUUCAACCACAGACACUUUUUCUACAUUUUAGAUCAAUUUAGUUUAAAAGUUCAGUGAUCUUAUUGUAACUGCAGGGCAGUUUCUUCACAUUUUAUUUAUUGUAAUACAAGCCCUGUCUGCACCUGUUUUCUAUUUCGUAUCAGGUGGGUUUUCAAAUCUUUGCGGGGGAGGGGAAUAUUAAGGUGGAUGUAAAAAAGCAUUCUGGCAUGGCGUCUGAUGUAUUUGUGCUCUCAUUAGCAUCAAGUGAAA